AUGAAGGUCUUGGAUCUGACAGAGAAGUUGGAGGAGCGGCUGUACCAGAUGUACAGUCACCACAACAAAAUCAUUCAGGGAAGACUACAAGCAUUUACCCAGAAGAUGGCCAAGAUCAGCCAUCUGGAAAUGGUGCUCAAACAAGCCUUCCAAACUGUAGAAACUGUGGAAACUGUGUACAAGGACCUAUGUGUCUAG